CCUUAAAGGAGGUGUAUAAAUUGUACGAAAAAUAAUAGCGACGCGGCCGCUGAACCUGAACAAGUACAUGCUUUAAUCAGUUGUUUCAAUUACAAUUUGUAGCAUGAGUAAGAAAUCCAGCGACGCGCGACUGCGAGAUUUUAUGGUUUCAUCUGAAAACAGAAAUAUGGGUGAAAAACAAGGAGAUACAGCUGCAGCUGAGUCCGCACCUCCAGCAGGAGGUGCUGUGGCAGCACCAGGCAAGAACGCGAAAAAACAAGGUGGCGGCAAACAGAAACAGGAGAACAAUGGCGGUGCCGGUGCCUCCUCUGGUGCAAGUGGUUCCUCGGCUGCGAAGAACCAGAACAAGCAAAAGCCAGCCGCGCCAGUGAAAAUCACGACGCAUCAGGCUGUCUUGCUCGCGGACACGACGCCAUCCCUGGUGUUCAACGUGUUGCAAUUAAGUGCUCAACAUCCUAUGCUGUUGCCAAUUGCCGGUGUGCCGCUCAUCGAUCAUAUUCUGCAGUACGUGAAGGAGUACAACAGUUUCUGUGAGCGCCGGUACAAGGAAGCGAUGAUGGCAAACAGCGGAGCUGUAUCCAACGGCACAGGCAGUGCAGAUGAGAUGGCAGCCUUUCCGCAACAGAUGGGAGAGCUGCUUGUCAUGACGCGGAGUAAGAAGCUCAAAAAUCACGUCGAGAAUUGGGAGAGAAAAAACAUCGACCCGACAGUCGAUAGAAUCGCUUUCAAAGUUCUUGUGCCAGUAGCAGGCUCUGCCGAUGCGGAGAAUCAGGUGGCGACACCAUACGCACAGCAAAAACAGAAACUGGUAAAAUCGAGAUCAUGAAGAGGUGGCACUCAGGAUUAGGAUUAGGUGUAAGCGAUAUUUCGCCUGAGCUUCACACUCACAGCUGACAUCUACUUCUAGGUAGAAGUAUUCCAAUCCCACUGCAGCUGUAAAUCCUCAACGAACGCUGUCGCACGGCACUACCACUAGUUGUAAUCCUAAUCGAACUACAACAUCUUGAAAAACAUCGUCUUCUCGUAUCUUGUCAUUUCAGGUCGGAGACGUGUUGUCUUUCUUGCGAGACCUCCAUGGCCGGAAUGUGAUCCAAGGGGAUUUUCUCUUGUGGGAGCCGAUCUCUCUGUUGUCGAGUCCUGAGAUCUUGUUCGAAUUUUUCACGCAGCAUCUGCAAACACGACAGGACAGAGCGCGCAACUGCUCUAUGUCUAAGCUCUUCUCUGAGUUGCCUCCCGCCUCUGCCGAAACAGAGCUUUUCCCGUUGACUCAUAGGGGAGAAAUCUACUUGGAGAAAAUGGAGCAUGGGUCGAGCAGUGCGACGUAUGAGAUUCUGCACAAUAACCCUCAGUCCAAGCCGCAAUUGGAUGUGAUUAUGGCGAACUUGUUGAAGCGGGAGUCACGCGGCUGCCUUGAAGUGUUGAAAAACGUUGUAGACCUCUCAAUCUACAUCUUCACGCCAGACGUGCUGACAAAAGUCGCGAACGAAGCUGUUGAUCUGGUAACUUUUUGCCUCUAAUGUCUACUUUGUCUCUUUUCAUGAAUGUCGAUUCAUACUAAAGGGAAAAACGCUAGAAUCAGAAAAAAACUAAAAUUGGUUUUUGAUUCUAGCCCCUCACCAGUUUAGGACACCUUCCAGCAGCAACCGCAGCGACGUACUCGAAGAAGCACCAGGAGGCUGGUUCCAGAUAUCGUUAUGCGCAGCAGGCGCGCGAACCGAUUUUCGUGAGGCUAGUACUCUUUUGGCCCUCGUGUGCGGGAGGCGAAGGCAGGCGACCCAGGCCCAGCAGCGUGUGAAACAGAGAAUAAGAUAAUACCCACCACGGCUUUUGAUGAAUAGAAUAAACGAAGCUGUUAAAUCUCGCCUAUAAAUGAUCCCAAAACAUACUUCCUCAACAACAAAGCUCAGCAAACAUACCCUACAGCUACCCUCCUUCCAGACCAAUCAAGCACCAGCUCACAGCGUCGCGCUCUUCUUGCAAAUAUCCACUGGCUAAUCCGAAUAUCUGGUAGAGUGAUCUGCUGCACCACCUUGGUGCAACAGCUCUACGGGCUGGCGACUUCGUUCGGCUUCAGCUGUUGGCCUAUUGGAUAUACCAUCAGAUAAAGGCUGGGACUCAGAGUAAGCCUGAAGGUAAGACCUGAAAGGGUAUCUUUUAUUGUUGUUUGGGGAUCGUUUUUCAUAUUCGAUACUGUGGCAUUGAUCUGAAAGAUAACGAAGAUGAUUCUUAUGUAAGCCGUGGUGGGUUCAGGCAUUCUCUGUUUCACAAAGCGCGAGCGCGCGCGAAGCAGCAGCGGGGCGUGCCGUGCGGAACCCAGCCCGUGAAGAAGCCGUUGCUCGACAAAUCGACGCCGAUGCAGGACGAGAGUAGCCUCCAAUGACCAGCGCCAUUAGCUGUCGACUCGAUAUUUCCGUAGCAUCCCACUCGAGUGUGCAGAAGUUCUCAGAGGGUUGAAGUCAAAAUGCAAUUUUAGUUUUUUUCUGAUUCUAGCGCUUUUCCUGUUAGUAUUCAAUCGAUCAUUUUAUCUGCACAGGAUAUCUAUGUAUGUUCCAGGCGUGGACUCCAGAACCCCCUUUGGAGGCGUCUGCCAGGGGUGGAAGGCUUCCAAAGGCGGAGCCUGCUCCACUCCCUUCCAGCUGCCUGCGUGUACCCUACCCUACAGACUUCGUAUGUGCUGGCCCCUCGCCGCAGCAGCACUGUGUCGGGUGUGGAAGGCCUCCGAAGGCAGCAAAAAGCGCAAGGCUGGAGCCCCUGAGCCGUGUGGCCUGUACCCUCCGGGCCCUUGGAAAAAAGGCCUGCCGGCUCUUGUAUGUUGCCGCGCAUUUGAUGAGGGCAACCCAGCAAAAGAGGCCAGGCCUCGAGACCGUCGCCGCCUCCGGCGGCUUUCUACCCCGGAGACCUCUUGCGUGCGAGGGUCGGCAGAUGCCGGGAUGUCUGUCGGGAACAUACAGAGAGACGCACGUGGGCGCCCGCUCCCAGUUUUGGCGCCUUCCACCCCGAGAAUCCGCGAAAAGCCGCGCGGAAAGGAGCGCGCAAGCGCCACCGCAGGGCCAUCCACAGGAGGGCUGGCCGUGCGUCCCUGUAUCAUACGAGAAGAUCUAAAGUUUCAAAUUAUUCAACUACAGAAUUUUUGUGUCCAGUGCUCUCUUUGCUACAUCAUCUACCUAGAAGUACUUUCCUCCUGUGCCACCCUAUCGACUUUUCUCCUUUUCCCUAACUCCCCAGACUGCCUUGUCCGACAUCGUGAACCAAAUGCUCGUCGACAAAUUCGAAAGUAAGUUGUCAAGUGACUCUGCCUACGCGCACGUUACAUACAAACCCGUCCGUUCUGUCUGCUGGCCUAAGUCCCUUGCCGCGGUGUCGAAGGAACUUUGUCAAAAGCUUUCUGGUGCUGCGAAGAAGAAAACUGCGAAAGGGGCUGCAGCGUCGUUAUCCAGUGUUGUUCCAAUUGUCGAGGUUGCGCGACCCGAGUGGUUUUCCGGAGCUGCGCUCGUAGCGCAAAGCCAGCGAUUGACACUGCAAAACGUCGAUGCUGCUCUGAACACUGUCUGCAUUUUUUCACAGAAGGAUAAUACGCAGGAAAACGUGAAGACAAUGACACUCCCGAAAAGUGAAGAGCUUGAGGUGAAAGGAGUUGUGUUUGCUGGAAUUUCCACAGUUGGGCCCGAUAGCGUUUUGCAAGAGUCGCACUUCAUGGAUGGGUGUGCGAUUGGCAAUGAAACUUUCGUGGAAAAGAGUUGGCUAUGCGACGACGUCACACUGAAGAAGCACGCAUCUGUCAAUACGGGUACCAGAAGAUACUUAUCAAUUCUUUAGAGGUCAGCACUUCUUUUUUUUUGUAUCUUGUAUCUAUAAGUGUGUUUCUGGUAAUAGCACUACAUUUUGUUGUUCACCGCGCGUCAAAAUCAAGACUCUUCGGAGAUACUACUUAAUAUUAAUAUUUUUCCUCGUCCUUCACAGUGUCAGUGGAAUAUCACUACCACUCUUCUCAGGUUGCUUGCUUGGUCCCCAGACUGCGGUUCCGGAAAACGCUGAGAUUAGCUCGGGUUCCAUUGCUUUCUCUUCAUCUGCUGCAUUCCAGGGUCUGGCCUGUAAGGAGGCCGGCAGCGGCUGCGUUUUGCUGGACACCGACCGAUAUCGCGUAUCUCACAUAGUAGAGAACGAGAUGGGCUGUCUUUCGCUCCCAGCAGCGGGAACAGUUGCUAAAAAUGCUGCGGAACAGGGUGCUCAGAACGACGAGGACGACGACUGCGCAGCAAUGGAAGUAUUCGAUGCAGCCCGAUGGUGGACGGAGUACCGAGAUUUGCGCAAAUUCUUUGAGGAAGUGGACGAUGGCGACGUAGACGACGAUGCUAGAGACAGCAAUGAAGACCCCUUUCGACGAGAAUUGCGUACGCUUAUCGAGGACUUCCAGACGAGAUUUCAAGACUCUUCCCUCUUCAAGGAUGAAAACAAUAGCAAGAAGCGUCACCAGGGUGAAGAGGAGGAAGAUUUGGAUCCCCCAGACGAAGACGAUUACAACGCCGCCCUAUUGGAGUUGAAGUCGUUGAGAAUGGCGUCAAGAAAAGCCGUACCAGACUUUGCGCGUGAAAUCAUGCAAGUGGUGCUCGCGAUUAUCGCAGGUGACCUUAGAAAAUUGCAAGCCGCGGCUUCUGGAAGUAGUUCAGCAGCUGAUGAUGCCGUAUUGAAGAAGACAGCAACGAAAAAACAAGUCGACGCUACAGUUGCGACUGUAUCGCGAAUGGGCCCGUUCUUAGCGAACUUUACCACAAAACUCGAAUCUAAAACCUUCCUCGUCGCAGAGAUCCACGAACGACUUUUCGGGGAUAAAGGUGAAGCCGACAAGGACAAGGCGCAAGAAUCAGCACCCCCAAGGCCAAGCUCUGCUGGUGCAGCUCCAGGAACGUCCCCAACCCUGUUUGUACACAUCCUCAACGCUUUCCGCCAGUUCGGUGAGGAAGACCAGAUCAUAGAUCAAAAGAGUAUCGUUGAAUGGCAUGCCGAAGCCAUAAGCGGAUUAGAGCAGCAGCGCGCUGUGCUCGAAAACGGAAACCUUAAAGCACUUGUUCAGUGGUGCCUACAAGACGAAGACGACGACUCUGAUGAUUCUGAAGAUGACGACUCCGACUAG